GCUUCUCUCUGUGAGGUCACAAAGGCCCUGCCAUGCCUCUGGCCUUGGCCCUCCUGCUGCUGCUGGGCCUGAGUGCCCACAGAGGCCGGGGCUGCCUGCAGUGUGACCACUCGGUGCUGGAGGCUCUGAGUCAGCUGCGAUCAGCCCUCAUCCCCAAACGCUUCCAUCUGGAUUCGCUGCAGGUUCGCGCCCAGGCCCUGCUGCUGAGCAUGGAGGGGCCUUUCUUCCGGGACUACGCUCUGAACGCGUUUGUGGGGAAAGUGGGGAUAGAUCAUCUGGACUUUGUGGCAUCCUUUAUCAAGAACCAAACAAACCACUUAAUGGUUAAUUCUCUAAGAGAUGGGCCUCUGCUGGAAGAGCUGGUAGUUCUCAGGGAAAGAGUGAUCAAGGAACUCAAGAAAGCUUUAAAAUCAUAUGAACUGAAAGCCUGUGAUCGCAAAAUUUGCCAUUUGCUAAAAGAAAAAGUCUUAGACUGUUUACACUGCCAGAAGAUCAGUCCCAGGUGUAUCCCAAGAAAGCACUGUUUUGUUGACAGGCAGCCCCGCAUGGCCCUGCAGUACGAGGACAGUGCGUACCUGCAGAAUCAGCCCGAGUCUGGUGUCAUAAUUUCCGUGUUUCUGGCUAUUAUUGCCUUCGGGGUCAUCGUGUCUUCGGCUAUUAUGUACAGGCAAAACCGAAAAAUCCUGCUGCAGUAGGGCGAUGGUUUGGGGAUCUGUAAGGGGAAAGGAAAAGAAGUUUAAUAAAGCCUAUGACAAAUUCU